AUGACUGAAUUUUAUGAACCAACUUUGUUGUUUAGAGCAAAUGCAAUUAAAAAGUUUAAUCCAUCAUUGUCACCAAUAUCAAGUUGUGACUCAUUAUCCUUGAAUCAAGAGACUAAAAAUUUUUCAUAUUUACAUAAUAACAACUCCAGUUCAUCCUCAUGGUUAUUAAAUUCAAAUAAUCCAAAUGAUACUAAAGUUUUGUAUAAAUCAUGUUCAUUGAAUAAAACUAAUGUUAAAUCAAAUUAUUGGAAAAUACCAGAUUCACAAUUAAAUUUAACAAGUUUGGCAAUUACACAAAAUAAUGAUUCAAAUAUACCCAAAAUUGCAAUAUCAUCAGGUUAUACAGAAAAUAAUUUAUUCAUAUACGAGUUAAAUUUGAAUAAUAAUCAUUUGAUACAUCAUAGUACGAUUUCGUUAUCAAGUAUAUAUAAUAUGGAAUGGUUAAACUCAAAGUAUUUAAUCACUGGGAAUAAUAAAGGUUAUGCUCAUCUAAUUUCAAUUCCUAUAGAAGAUGAUGAUUCAAUAGAUUUGGAUGACGAGCCAUCAGCAGAAAUAUUUAAAAGGUUCAAUCAUAGAAAAUAUUUGAAAAAGAAAACCAAUACAAUUUCACAACCUAUUAAGAAAUUAAAAUUAACAAACAACUAUCAAAAUUUAAUAACGAUUUACAAUGAUUCACAUUUAUUUAAUUGGGAUAUAAAAAAUUCAAAUACUCAAUUAAAACCAUCUCCAUUAACUAUUUCGACCAUACCAAAUAUAAAGAAUUUUGAUGUCAAUUUAAAUAAUCCUAAUUAUUUAUCAAUUUGUGGUAAAUUUGGUGUUUCAUUAUUUGAUUUAAGAGAGUGUAAAUUUAAUGUCCCAAAUCAAGAACCUACAAGCUGCACAGCCAAUAUUAUCAAAUGGAAUUUUAAUAAUGAAAAUUUAUUGGCUGUUGGUAAUGAAGAUGGUGUUGUGAGAUUAUGGGAUUUAAGAAAACAAGAUUCUAUAUUAAAUUUAUCUGGUCAUUUGAGAAAUACCCAAGUUACUAGUUUGGAAUGGAUUAAUAAUAAUGAUAUUAUAAGUGGUGGAUCUGAUGGUAAUAUAAUUCAUUGGGAUUUAUCAUCAGACGGUUUAAACAUAGAUAAUAUUAAUCAAACAAUAAACUGUGGCUUAACUCAAGGUCUAGAUAGUUUAAGUAAAAGCAAAUAUGAUCAAAGACAAUGUGGAACAAUAUUACCAGCUUCUAACACUAAUAUUAUAUCGAUGUGUUCGGUUGAAAAUUCAAUAGAUGAUGAUAUUAAAGUUAUUUCAAUUGAUGGUUCAUCAUUUUUGGGUGUUCAUUCAAAAAUACAAGAAGAUAUAAAUAUAAGUUUGAAUACUUCAAAGUUAUAUUAUACAGAGGAAGAUUUACAAUUGUUAUUAAAUUCGACAAGUUCAAAAUCAAUUUCAAAUGCUACUUUACUUGAUAGUAAUUCUCAAGAUAGUAUAAUUCAACCAUUAGAUAUAACAAGAAAACCAACAAUCAUAUAUAAUAAUAAUAAUAAUAAUAUUAAUAACGUUUCUAAUGAUACUUUAGUGGGAGAAGACUUAGAUCUUGCUAAAGAAGAACAAAUUACAGAAAAUUCCAAUGAACUAGAACAUGAAAUGAUUGAAAUCAAACGAAAUGAAAGUUUGUCAUCAAGUCAUAGCAAUAAUGAGUUUGAAUUUAUAUCUACAAAUCAGUUAUAUAUAUCAUCAUGUGAGAACUCACCAAACACAUCUACAAUGAAUGAAUCGUUUGAUUCAAUAUCGACCAUUGCAACUGAUAAAGAUUUAAUAAUAAUGGAUGAUGAAUCAAAACAAAAGCAGAAUGAAGAAAAGAAAAACCAUAAAAGAAAUGAAUCAAAUGAAUUUAUAUUUAAUCAUAUAUUUGAUUCAUUAGAUGAUAGUAAUAUUUAUUAA